AUGGGCGGCGGCGGAAUGGGCGGUGGUGGAAUGGGCGGCGGCGGAAUGGGCGGAGGCGGAAUGGGUGGCGGCGGCAUGGGUGGCGGCGGAAUGGGCGGCGGUGGAAUGGGCGGCGGCGGAAUGGGCGGCGACGGAAUAGGAGGCGGCGGAAUGGGCGGCGGCGGAAUGAGCGGCGGGAGCAUGGGUGGCGGCGGAAUGGAAGGUGGCGGAAUUGGCGGCGGCGGCAUGGGCGGCGGCGGAAUGGGCGGUGGUGGAAUGGGCGGCGGAAUGGACGGCGGGGACAUGGGCGGCGGGGGCAUGGGUGGCGGCGGAAUGGGCGGCGGUGGAAUGGGCGGCGGCGGAAUAGGAGGCGGCGGAAUGGGCGGCGGCGGAAUGGGCGGCGGGGGCAUGGGCGGCGAGGGCAUGGGUGGCGGCGGAAUGGAAGGUGGCGGAAUGGGCGGCGGCGGAAUGGACGGCGGCGGAAUGGACGGUGGUGGAAUGGGCGGCAGCGGAAUGGGCGGCGGCGGAAUGGGUGGCGGCGGAAUGGAAGGAGGCGGAAUGGGCGGAGGCGGAAUGGGCGGCGGCAGAAUGGGCGGCGGCGGAAUAGGAGGCGGCGGAAUGGGCAGCGGCGGAAUGGGCGGCGGGGACAUGGGCGGCAGGGGCAUGGGUGGCGGCGGAAUGGAAGGUGGCGGAAUGGGCGGCGGCGGAAUGGGCGGCGGCGGAAUGGGCGGCGGCAUGGGCGGACCUGGGUCCUCCGCUCCCCGAUCACAAUCAGCCAUGGGUCCUGGGGGGAACACGGGCGGCGGGGGAAAGGGAGGUGGCGGAAUGGGCGGCGGCGGGAUGGGCGGAGGCGGCAUGGGUGGCGGCGGCAUGGGCGGCGGCGGAAUGGGCGGCGGCGGCAUGGGUGGAGGAGGAAUGGGAAGUGGCGGAAUGGGAGGCGGCGGAAUGGGCGGCAGGGGCGGCAUGGGAGGGGGUAUGGCCGGACCUGGGUCUGCUCCCGGAUCACUAGCAGCCAAGGGUCCUGGGGGGAACAUGGGCGGAGGCAUGGGCGGCGGCGGAAUGGGUGGCGGAGGCAUGGGCGGCGGAGGAAUGGGCGGCGGAGGAAUGGGCGGCGGAGGAAUGGGUGGGUCAGGGUGGGUUGCUCCAGGGUCGCAGGCAGCACCCGCCCAGGGUGGACCUGGGAUGGGCGGAGAGAUGGGCGGAGGGAUGGGCGGAGGGAUGGGCGGAGGGAUGGGCGGAGGGAUGGGUGGAGGGAUGGGUGGAGGGAUGGGCGGAGGGAUGGGUGGGCCUGGGGGGGGCAACAUGGGAGGUGGUAUGGGCGGACCAGCGUAG